CAUACUGAAGGUUCGAAAACCUUCGGCCAUGCACCCUUCUGCACGACGGCGUGCGGAAUGUGAUAGUGUCGAGUGGGAUAAAAUUGAACGAACGUUUUUGAGUGCGGUAAAAUGGACUCAUUUCCUGAAAUAUUCGGCACGGGGGACACUUGGAGUACUUCUACGGACAGUAGGGAAGUAGUGCGAGGUGAUAAAGUGUCUUCGGCGGAUUCUACGACUCCACCUCCGCAAAACCUUGAAGAUAAAGAAGAUCGAAAGUCGGCUAACUCCAUUAGAGCCCAAAUUGAGAUAAUCCCGUGCAAAGUAUGUGGGGAUAAGAGCAGUGGCGUGCACUACGGGGUGAUCACGUGCGAAGGAUGCAAGGGCUUCUUCCGAAGAUCGCAGAGCUCCGUAGUGAACUAUCAGUGCCCGAGAAACAAGAACUGCGUGGUCGACAGGGUAAAUAGGAACCGAUGCCAGUACUGUCGACUGCAAAAAUGCCUGCGACUUGGCAUGAGCCGAGACGCUGUGAAGUUCGGUAGAAUGUCGAAGAAGCAGCGGGAGAAAGUGGAAGACGAAGUGAGGUUCCACAGAGCUCAGCUCAGAGCGCAGAGCGAUUCAGCGCCUGACAGCUCAGUAUUCGAUCCCCCCUCGCAGUCCACAGGGGAUCAACUCCAUUAUAAUAAUGGAUACCCGUACAGCAGCAGUGAUGUCGGUGCUUAUACGCCGUACUACACGGGCCAGACGCAAGUCCAGCCCAAUAGCAUGGGCUAUGACAUAUCUGCUGACUACGUGGACAGCACCACUGCCUACGAUCCGCGACCGGGUCUGGAUCCCUUAAGCGAUAACAGCACCUUAAUGACGAGCAUGGUGACAGCAG